AUGAACCCGACGACAAAUCUCCUAGCGACCCGAUCGAUCGCCUUUCGGGGCAUCCCUACGACGUUACGACCGUUUCUCGCUUCGCGAUACUAUGCGACCCAGUCAGGUUUAGGAACUACAGCGCAGGGACCCAAACGACGAGCAGUAACACCCUUCAACGACAAUGGACAUGUACCAUGGAAGGAUCUUUCAGUACCAGAAAAGGCGGCUCGGGCGACGCAGCAGAGCUUCAACUUUGGCAUGAUCCUCGUUGGCCUCGUGCUCACUGGUGGUGUGGGAUACUUUCUUUGGACCGAUGUCUUCUCUCCCGAUAGCAAGAUCUCCAACUUCAACCGAGCAGUCGACAAGAUUCGAAACGAUCCUCGCAUUAUCGAUAUUAUCGGCGAUUCAAAGAAGAUUACAGCGCAUGGAGACGAGACAUUCAACAAGUGGAGGAGGGCACGUCCUGUUGCUUCUUCAGAAACGACAGACGCUCGCGGAGAUCAACACAUAAUGAUGCAUUUCUAUGUUGAUGGGCCCAAAAACAAUGGCAUCGCCCGACUUCACAUGGUCAAGUACCGAGGGCAUAGCGACUUCGUAUAUAAGUACCUGUUUGUUGACGUCAGAGGCCAUGAAAGAAUCUACCUCGAACAUGAAGACACAUCAGCCAAGAAUGGCAAGAAAUUGAGCUUCUUCGGAGUCAAAUGGUGA